CAAAGGUUAGGAUCAUCCAUGAAGACCGAUUACAAGACAAUAAAUAUGGGCCGUUAAAAUGAUAGGACCAUCUCUCCAUGUGGGCCCAUUUUGCGGUAACCCACGCUGGAUACUGAGUGGCGACAGAGGUAGAAAGCUUGAAAUAGGUGGUUUGACCAAAGUCUCCACUAAAAAUAGCAAAUCUAAUGUUGGUUCCGCAAUUUCGUUGAAACACUUGGUUCGAACUCUCACGUAUUAAAAAACAAAACAUACAACAUAAGAAAAGGAGAAGAAAGGAGGUUAAAAGACCAAAAAAAAAAAAGAGGGAGAAAGGAAGAUUGAAGAAGAGAAUGAAAAUGGCGGUAUCGCACCAAGCUACCAUGAUUUUACUCUCUACAUUCUUCAUAGCAGCAACGGCUCAUUUUGGAUUACAUGGUUUUGAUUUUAUAGGCGGCUUCCAUCCGAUAGAAGAGUACUCAGGCUUCGAAUUCGGUGGACAUGCAAACCCAGUUCUGAACCCGAACCAACGACCUGGUUAUCAUGGUUUAACUCCGGUUGAUUUUGAUGGGCACCCGUCUCCUGAUCAGGAUCAGGGAAAUGGACCCGAUAAUGAUGAUUCUACCCCAUCUCAAGAACCGAGAGAACAAGUCAGGGAUGGUGGGUCUGAAAACUUUGGUGUUGAGAAAGAAGACAUUGAUGACGGGCUCGAGACGAAUUAUAAGGGCGGGUGGGAGCUUGUAUGCAUGAAUUCUGGUGUGUCAGCGAUGCAUUUGCAGUUGAUGAAGAACAACAAGGCGAUCAUAUUCGAUGCGACGACGCUCAAUCCUGCAGCGAUCCAGUUCCCGCCUGGUAAUUGCAGGAUGGAUAAUUCUCGCAAUAAGUCCAUUGAAGAUUGCUGGGUUCAUGCUGUAGAGUAUGACAUCGAGACAGCCGCCAUCAGGAAACUAAAGGUCAUGACCAAUCCAUGGUGCGCAUCAGGAGCGCUCGAUGCAGAAGGGGUCCUUGUGCAGACUGGUGGGUGGAACGAUGGAGGAAGAGGGGUUCGUUAUUUUGAGCCCUGUGACACAUGCGACUGGGAAGAGUACCCAACUGCCCUCUCGGUUCAAAGAUGGUAUGCUAGUCAGCAUAUACUCCCCGACGGCCGUUUUAUCGUAGUAGGAGGCCGUCGGCAGUUCAACUACGAGUAUGUACCCAAACGCGGCGAAUCGAAUCCAACCAACUUCAAACUUCAAUUGCUCAUUCAGACGACAGACCCAGUUGAGAACAACCUCUACCCCUUUGUAUACCUCUCCACCGACGGAAACGUCUUCAUCUUCGCCAACAACCGUUCAAUCCUCCUCAACCCCAACAACAACGCUGUAGUCCGUGAGUUCCCCGACCUCCAGGGCGGCUCCCGCAACUACCCAGCCUCAGGCAUGUCCGUCCUCCUCCCAUUACGGCUCCGCGGCGAUAAAGUCAAGACCAUCCCCGCCGAGGUCCUCAUCUGCGGCGGCUCCCCACCACAGGCUGCCAGGUUUGCUGCCAAGGGCAACUUCAUGCCUGCAUUGCGCUCAUGUGGGCGGAUGACAAUAACAUCACCACAGGCCUCGUGGAAGAUGGAGCUCAUGCCGGAGGGCCGGGUGAUGGGUGACAUGCUCUUGCUCCCCAACACCGACGUGCUUAUAAUCAACGGCGCGAAGAGGGGGUCAGCUGGCUGGGGCUUUGCUAGCGACCCAUCCUUUUCGCCAAUGAUCUACAGCCCUAAGAAACCAAGACGCAACCGGUUCUUGAUGCUGAAGCCGUCGACGAUCCCACGUAUGUACCAUUCUACUUCAGCGGUGCUGCCGGACGGUAGCAUUCUAGUGGCGGGCAGCAACAGCAACAACCAGUAUGUUUUCUCAGGCGUGCCAUUCCCCACUGAGAUGAGGGUGGAGAAGUUCAUGCCACCUUACUUGGACCCGGUAAUGGCCAGAUAUCGGCCUAAGAUCAUGGACGAAUCAGCACCACAGGAACUUAAAUACGGACAGGCAUUUGCUUUGAAGAUAAAGUUGUUAGGGAUGAAAGUGCAGACAAAUGACAUAAAGGUGACUAUGUAUUCACCACCGUUCACCACGCAUGGGUAUUCCAUGAAUCAACGGAUGUUGAUACUGCGGGUAGGAGACGUAAAGAAUGUUUUUGGCAUUGGGAAGUAUGAGUUUUCCACCUUUGCGCCAGCUACACCUGUGCUUGCACCUCCAGGUUACUACCUCUUGUUUGUAGUUUAUAAGGGUUUUCCAAGCACAGGUGUGUGGGUCCGAAUUGCAUAAAGAUUUAAAGGAAGAAAAUCGUUUGAGUUUUGCUAAUUCCACGUCCUUGUAGAGCUGCAUACUUUCACACGUGGGGUAUGCGUUGAAAGAUGGAAUAUGUGAGUGAGAUAUUAAGCUUUUUCAUAAGGUUGGAAAUGAUGGUUAGGGCUCAAUUGGCAGCCUGGAUUUGAAUUCAUAUGGAAUUGUGUGGGUUUUAUUUUGUACGGAAUCAGGUGGAUUUGAAAUUAUAACUUUUAAGUAGGGUUUGAAAAUAUGAAUUUGGAUUCCUCUCAAAUCUAAGUACUUCUGCCAAACACUCAAAACACAAUAAUUUCUUAUUAACCCUUUCUAAUCCCAUGCUGCAAAAUGUGUCUUUUUUUAAUCUUCUUCUUAGAAAAUCAGAUAAUUUCACCCUUCAAGCAGGCCACAAGUUACAAACUAAAUUAACCAUUAAUAAAUUUUUUUAUACAUUCAUUUGUUUUGAUAUGCCUUGGCCUACCUAAGGUGUGAAAUGACCUGAUUUAUAUAUUGGAAGAUCCAAAUACCAUAGCUCACCUGAUGGAAAGCUUAUCUCUCACUCAAGUGACACAUUGUGACACGUGGCAACGCAUGGAUGUGUGCAACACCUACAAGCGUGUGGAAUUAGCAAAACUGGAGAUAGAGAGGAAAUGGAGAUUUGGAAAGUUGUUUUAGUUAG